CCCGAACACAUUUGUAUACUUGCAUGCAUCGCACGCAUCGUUGCUGAGUGAAGCGUCAAGAAGCGCGAAAUGGCGUCACACGCGUCCGUGCACACAUGCAUCCAUCAGGUCCGUGCGCGCGCAAAGAAAAAGAUCCACGGCAUAUUUGUUGCCGUCGACACCGCACGGAUCUCACAUACACGCAUACACGGACAGAAAACUAAUCAUCAUCGUGUAUGGUCCCUCCGGGGCCGCGAGCAGACCAUGUACCAACACAGCCAUACACAUGGACACACACAUACACAUACACAUACAUACACACACAUACUCGACACCCUCACCCCCGCCACAUCGCGCAAAACGCACCUCGCGCAUAUACACACAUUCACGUACACGCUUCAAAGCACCCAAGCAAUAGUCGAAAAAAUUGCCCGUCCCUCUCUCGAGUGUGAGUGUCCCCUCCCCCUCCCUCCUGAAAAAGGCCGCCUCACACGAUAUGGCCGGGAGAGAGGGGGAGCGACACACCACACGUACCCACUACACACCCACUUCUGGCCAAGCCGUCUUGACGGACACGCACACCAACACGUGCGCACGGCGACCGAUCGACCCCACACUAUCAGACGAAAAUUGCCCUACACACAUGGCCGUCCGUCUACUUUGUCAUCCGCCGCUGAUGUGUCCGUUGGCAUGUUCGUCUUCGUCUUCGGUGUCGUCGGUGACUGAGUCCAUGCCGUUUUCCGACUGGUUGUCCCGCAGCUCCUCGAGGAUGGCCUCCAUGCGGGGCAGCUGCUUGGCCUGCUCCGUCCACAUCCACGUCAGCAACUUGGCUGGCGCGAAGCGGGGAGGCUUCAUGUCAGCCUGUACGCAUAAAGAGGCAGGAAGGGACGUGUGUGGGAGGGUCAGGCAGGCAGGUUAUGGGUCACUCACCUGUGCGAUCAUGGUGACGUCGACGGUGCCGUGAGGCGUCUUGUGCAAAACAAGGCCCAUCAUCUGCAGACCAAGCGGACACCCAUACAAUACAGGUACACAUAAGCGAUGACAUACACGGCACAUCUCCCUGCCUGUGCUCAGUCUGUCGCAUCGUACCAGUAUAUCUGCCUUGACGGCGCUUUUCUCCUUGGUGUAGAGCUUGUCCUCACUGACGUAGUCACCCAGAUCGGUCAGCGCAACCACCUCAUAAUCGCAGCUCAACUGACAGGAACCAAACACCACACAAUCUUCCCCCACCCGUCCCCAAUUUCCCUUUUGACUCAUUUACUCACUCACCGUCUUGACGUAUGUGGUGUGGCACAGGAUGCGCCUCGUGUCGCCGGGCGCUGGCGACCGAAAAACCUGGUACGUCAGCAAAAAAUGCGGAGCCACCUCGGCAACGUGCUGGGCUGACCGGACGAAGAAAGAGGAAAGAAAGGACACGUCAUGUGUGCGCGCAAAUGUGCCUGUCUAUGGAUCACUGAUACCUCCCUCGAACAGCCACGUGUCGAUGCGUGACUUGAAGACACAGUCGUAAUCGACGAACACGUCGCGGACUUCCUCAAUGGUGAGGCCGGGGAUGCUGAACGAAUAGCGGCCACGAACAAUUGGCACGCUGUUGCGCGUCUCGCGCAGCUCCUCCAACUGACGGAUGAGCAAGACCCAAAGGAAUGCAUGCUUUGCGUGUUGCGUCUAUGGCCACGUACCUCGACUCCUCCCUUGGUGCCCAGUGACUUCCACAUGGGCGACUCGUCGUUGGCGCACUGAGCUAUCCGCUCAGCCAUGCCCUCACACUGAAUGCACGACAGGAGUGACGGACGGCAGGUGGUGUUUCGCCCUUCCCUUUCUGUGCCUACCGCUCCUCUGAGCUGCUCGACAUCGAUCCGAACACCGAACGCGGCCUCGCCCGGACGACGCAAAUCACGGCCCUUCACCUGUUCACACGGAACAACAUAACCAGGUGCACACACACGCCACGGCGCUAACUCAAUUGUGUAUACCGGCCAGCAUGGAGGGAAGACGAUUUCUCUCGGCGCCCUUGCCCGCGACGAGAGCGGGGAGUCAGUGUGUGUGUCGACGGACGAUAUGCUCGACUGCCGUGUGGAUAUGCGGGAGUAGAUGGCCGACGAGUCCCGCGAGUCGGCCCUCAGCCUGGCUCGCGAAUCCUGCUCCCACGCACCCUCGUGAAAGAUGAUGGAGCUGGGCAGGUGGGACAGGAAGCUGUGGAGAGAGCUGCUUGUCUGAAUGAACAAGGGGAAGGAAAGACACACAAACAGCAAGAUGGCGUGCGGUGCUGUGCUUGUGGUUGUGUGCUGUGAUGCUGCUCUACCGACCUCUCCCCGCGUGAGUGAUGGCGCUCGUCUUCUCCUGCUGCCGACACUCCUCUCGUCGUCCGGCCCCUGGGGCGAUAUGAGGGAGCCGCUCCCGGCAGUCUCCUUGGCUAUCGACUCCUCCACACCCGAUAUCGUCAACCGACGGCGACCAAACCUGCACAGUGACGCACACACGUCAUCAAAUCGCCUCACACGCACAGAAGCGUUCAUACCUUGACACAGUCCCAGUGCGGUAUGGCGUUCUUCUGGAGCUGGACCGGCUAGGCGCCUGUGAAGGCUGCGACUGGACGGGUGAGCUGGGUGGCUCGAGCUCACUCGUCGACAUGACUUCGCUGACAGACAUCACCCCAUUGUCGACCAUAUCAGCCGUGUGAGUCGCAUCGCUCUUCGUCUUAGCGGCACCACGGCGGAAGCUGAACCGCCCCCGACCAUCCGGAGGCCUCACGAAGGGGAACAUCGGCAUCAACCGGUCCCUCUCGUCCCGAGCAGUGCCGGUGAAGUCGUCAUCGCGAUUGUCUGCGAACUCGUCAUAGCCUCGGUGAGUGCGAUGACGUCGGCGGAAUCGGCGAUGGCGGAGGCGGAGGAUAGAGCUCCAGACAGUGACGCAUGAGCAGGAAUCGCUUGUGCCCGACAUCUUUCGAAACGGAGAUCGUAUCACCACACAGUUGAGGAUAUAUUCGACUUCUCAGGCUCCUCGUGAGAGUAGAACACGGCGCUGGAAAAAAAG